CAAACCCUAAACACGAACCCUACUAUAAAACAUUCUUCACCGUCCAUCCCACUUCUCUCGCAGCCGCCGCCGCCGUCCUCGAGCUCGAAGCCCUCUCAUCUUGUCUCCCACACCGCACCGACACUUCGCCGGCCGUCUCCUUCCUCCGCCAUCAUGGGGAAGACACGUGGUAUGGGAGCGGGCCGAAAGCUCAAGACCCACCGCAGGAACCAGAGGUGGGCUGACAAGGCAUACAAGAAGAGCCACUUGGGAAACGAGUGGAAGAAACCCUUUGCUGGAUCAUCUCAUGCCAAGGGCAUUGUUUUGGAGAAGAUUGGUAUUGAGGCCAAGCAGCCGAACUCUGCCAUCCGUAAGUGUGCUCGUGUUCAGCUGGUGAAGAACGGGAAGAAGAUUGCCGCCUUCGUGCCGAAUGAUGGUUGCCUGAACUACAUUGAGGAGAAUGAUGAGGUGCUGAUUGCUGGAUUCGGUCGUAAGGGCCACGCCGUGGGAGAUAUUCCUGGUGUCAGGUUCAAGGUUGUGAAGGUAUCCGGUGUGUCGCUACUUGCACUCUUCAAGGAGAAGAAGGAGAAGCCAAGGUCUUAGAUUGUUCUUGAUAAGCAACUAUUGAGUAGACUGUCAAGGCUCUAUAAUUGAACAAGAGAGUUGUCCAUUAUGAGCUGUAUCUUUUGCUGACGGUACUAUCGAGAGUUUUGUUUCCUUAAUGAAGAUAUUAAUAUUGCAUUA